UCACCUGAAGAAAACACCUGGACGCACUCUUAUCCACACACACACAAGUCUAUCCGUCAGCGCAGGUGUAUUAACAUGUCAUUACGAGUUGUUCGGUAGGUGUGUGUGUGUGUGUGUGUGUGUGUGUGUGUGAGAGAGAGAGAGAGAGAGUUUCUUUCCUCGCGCUCUUCGGUUCCUGUACGUGCCCAUGGCGGCGAUGAGGCGCGCGCAGCGGUCUAAAUCUCAGCUGCCCCCAGUCUACUAUGAGGGAUUUCUGGAAAAGAGGUCGUUAAAGAAUAAAACUGGUCGCAGGUUCUGGGCUGAACUGUGUGGGGACUCGCUGUUCUUCUACAACCACAGCAAGGACAAUAACUAUGUGGAAAAGCAGGAUCUGUCCACCUUCAUCUCUCUGACGGACGACCCCAGUCUCGAUCGCAAACUCGACAGCGCGAGACUCCACCUGCGCUUAGAAGACGACGACAUCUACCUCGUGGCUCCAAGUCUAGAAGCCCGUGAGCUGUGGAAAGGCUUCAUCCUCUCCAUUGUUAAGCUGGAAGUGCCCACCACCCUCAACCUGCUGCCUGGUCAGAUUCACAUGCUGAGAGAAGCUGUGGAGAAAGAGAUCGAGAGACUCAAUGACAUCACUGAAAAAACUGCAUCUGCGCGACCUUCUAUAACAGUAGCUUCCCCAGACCUUGACAAUUACCUGUCCGUACUGUCCGAAAUGCCAGCGUGCUUUCACAGGGUGGUCCGGGAGGAUGCCGAGAUCCUUUUGGAAAAGCACAAAGGAAAAGGAAACUUGCUGCUCAGACCCAGCCGAGACGGAAACUCUUUUGCCGUUACUACUCGGCAGGACUUCAACGGGCCCGUUGUCCGACAUUACCGGGUGACACGGAUCCCUGAUGGAGGAUUUGCCCUGGCUCUUGACAAUCCAGUUCAUUGCACCUCACUCCAUGAUGUGAUAGACUAUCUGAUGGAGAAGACUGGAGGAGCGUUCAAGCCCUUGAUUCUGGAGCACACGUACGAAGAAAGCAUCGAGUAUGUAACGGACGAUAAGGAGAACGGAGAGAAGAGUGUGUGCUUUGCAUCCAGCAGCCCUUUGCCCCCUAAACUACCCCCCAAACCAGCUCCAAAGAAGAAAAAUUCUGGUCCAGACAAUAACAUCUACCAAAACCCCUCUGAUGAGGAUGAGAACAACGUUGAUGCAGUUCCUCCGCUCGCCUUGCCUCGGCCCGCCCCAGUGAAACCUUUGGUGCAUCAGAUGUCUCUUCCUGAACUGCAGAUAGGUCCGGGCGGGGCUUUGCUCCCACCAAUUGCACGCACACGCAGCACCUCAGUGACCAACGAAACAAAACCAAGAAGGCCGGUAACAUCACUGCCUGUCACAGACAGCCUUUCUCAUAGUUUUAAUGAAGAGCUGAAGAAAAAAUUGCAAUCGAUAGCUGUUUCAGAGUAACCUCUGACCCCUGGCCAACCAGCUUGUCGAAAAUAAAUAUAUAUAAAUGAAGGAUUUAUUUAAUUUUAUUUUAUUCGUAAAUGAAGGAGACAUUGAAGGAUGAAAAGUUGCAAAAUUGAGCAAUUUUUUCUUCAGUGUAAAAUAUACCAUCGAUUCACAGCCAAGAAUGUACGUUUGGAAUAGACUACAGAGUGCUGUGUGUGUGUGUGUGUGUGUGUUGUCCAGUUGGCUGGAUGCUCGUGAAGCAUAAUGAAGAUUAACAGCUUAUUGAUCCUGUACUUUAGUUUUUACCACGCCUCCUCAAUGUAAAUCAGGAAGUAACAGGAAGUAAAAGCAUGUCUUUGCCACAUUACCGUCUGUAUCUGACAUACAGUUUGUUCAGACAGUAAAUCAAUGUAUAGCAUUUUUGCUAAUUCGAAAUCUAAUCUUCUGUAUAGCAUUAUCGCUAAUUUUUUUUUUGUCUUCUUUAUAAACCUAGUUCCUUUUUUAACAGUAUUCUAAUUUAGAGUAAAUAAUGCAGCAUUUCUUUUCCUACUUAACCGUGAUCAUCAUUUACAGUGACUAAUCAUUUGGUUGUGUUUGUAAUAAACGGCGUACGUUAAGCACAAUACAGCAUAGCAGCAUUCUUUAAAAUGGAAGGAAUUUCUGUCUUUGUUCUCAUACUGAUGUCUGUGAAAAGCACCAUAAAUGUGAAUGAAGAAAUAAAUCAAUCGAUCAAUCAAUCAAGCAAACGA